GGGGGUAUUUCCCUCACAUCCUGUCCCAGAGGCAAAAGAAGAAAUGAGGGACAAUCUAUCCAAAAUGAGGGAAUAUCCCUUCUUAGACAACUGACAUUGAACUAUAAGUCCCAUUGGAAGGAUUCCCUGUAUUGCUGUGCGGCACGUGUAAACUAUUGCAUUUUUUUGUAUCACUUUCUGUCCCGGGGCGGACUGACAACUCAUGGGGCCCCCGGGCAAUAGGGGAUCAUGGGGCCCCUGUGUCCUUGGCAAAACUCAAAAAAGCCUAUGAAAAAGGUACCAGGGGCAUCUCAUGGGGCCCCCCUACUGACCCCAGGCCCUCGGGCAGUGCCCGAGUUUCCAAAUGGUCAGUCCGCCCCUGCAUGUGCCCCAUUUGAGGCAUUUCCCUCACCUAUUGCUUUGAUGACAACUCAAAAUGUUUGGAUUUCCCUACACUUUAUGUCUCGGGGACAAUGG